UCGUUUGUGAGCGUUCGCAGCGCAAGGUACUCUUCAAGUUUCCUGGCGCAUUCGAACCAUUUACUAUAACUGUGACUACAGUUAAACAGUUAGUACAAGGUUGUCAACCUGGUUACGACAGAGCGAAGCAGAGACAGACAGAGCAAAAGCCAACAACCAACCACAACAACAAGCAUAAAACAAUCAAAUUGAACGUUUUCAAACAUACCAAAAGCGAGAAGAGAGUGUGAGCAAAAUCGAAUUGGACAACAAAGAAAAGUGCUAAAUAAAAAAAAGGAAAAUGUGCGCUUCGCUGCGUCGUAAUUUGUUGCUGCGGAGCCUCUGGGCAGCCGUUGUGCUUAUUGGCACAGUGCAGGCCGCCUCGCCUCGCUGGGAGCCACAGAUCGCCGUGCUUUGCGAAGCCGGUCAAAUAUAUCAGCCGCAAUAUCUAUCGGAGGAGGGUCGCUGGGUAACGGACCUCAGCAAGAAGACAACGGGCGCCACAUGUUUGCGUGAUAAAAUGGAUUUGCUUGAUUACUGCAAGAAGGCCUAUCCCAAUCGAGACAUUACUAACAUCGUGGAGUCAUCGCACUACCAGAAAAUCGGAGGCUGGUGUCGCCAGGGCGCACUCAAUGCGGCCAAGUGCAAGGGAGCUCAUCGCUGGAUUAAGCCAUUCCGUUGUCUAGAAGGACCAUUCCAAUCGGACGCACUGUUGGUGCCCGAGGGCUGCCUCUUCGAUCACAUACACAAUGCGUCGCGUUGCUGGCCAUUCGUGAGAUGGAACCAAACCGGAGCUGCCGCCUGUCAGGAGCGUGGCAUGCAGAUGCGUAGCUUUGCCAUGCUGUUGCCCUGCGGCAUUUCGCUCUUCUCGGGCGUUGAGUUUGUCUGCUGCCCCAAGCACUUUAAGACCGACGAGAUACGCGUAAAGAAGACCGAUAUGCCUGUCAUGCCGCCAGCUCAGCUCAACAGUAACAGCAACAACAACAACAACUUGAACGUCAACAACAACAACAAUGUGGCCAACGAUGAGCUUAGCGUGAACGAGGAAGAUGAGAGCAAUGACUCCAACUACUCAAAGGAUGCCAACGACGAUGAACUGGACGACGAGGACGAUCUGAUGGGUGAUGAUGAGGAGGAUGAAAUGGUUGCCGAUGAGGCGGCAACAGUUGGCGGCGGUGCAGCUGGCGCUGGCAGCGAUGCCAACAGCGGGGCACUCGACGACAUCAAUGCGGAAUACGACAGCGGCGAGGAUAGCGAUAACUAUGAAGAGGAUGGCGCUGGCUCCGAUAGCGAUGUGGCCGGCAUUGCCGAUGCCUGGGAUCAAAAUGGCAGCUCGAGCGGUGCCAAGCCGGCUGCGUUGCCCUCGUUGAAGGCUCCCUCGAUGUCGCCGGCUAGCCUCACAGCUGUGGAUCAGCAACAAUCGAAGCAAUCGAAUCAACAGCAACAAGCUGCGAAACCGGAACUUGCCACAAGCACGCCACAAUUGUCAGCUGCUGCUGCCGCCGCUGCUGCUGCUGCUGCCUCAUCGGCUGCCAUGGCGGGUGUGGGUGCGGGUGCAAGUGCGGUGGGUGCACCGCCAUCGACGGCACAGCCAACAUCGGAUCCAUAUUUCACGCACUUCGAUCCCCACUACGAGCAUCAGAGCUACAAAGUAAGUCAGAAAGAAGCCCAACAGCGCCUUGAGGAAUCGCAUCGCGAGAAGGUCACCCGUGUGAUGAAGGACUGGUCCGAUCUGGAGGAGAAGUACCAGGACAUGCGACUGGCCGAUCCCAAGGCAGCCCAGAGUUUCAAGCAGCGCAUGACGGCACGCUUCCAGACUUCUGUUCAGGCACUCGAGGAAGAAGGCAACGCCGAGAAGCACCAGCUGGCCGCCAUGCACCAACAGCGUGUCCUUGCCCACAUCAAUCAGCGCAAACGCGAAGCCAUGACCUGUUACACCCAAGCGCUCACCGAGCAGCCACCAAACGCUCAUCAUGUCGAGAAGUGUCUGCAGAAAUUGUUGCGUGCUUUGCACAAGGAUCGUGCCCAUGCCCUCGCCCACUAUCGCCAUCUGUUGAACUCGGGCGGUCCCGGUGGUCUGGAGGCAGCCGCAUCGGAGCGACCACGCACACUGGAGCGUCUGAUCGAUAUCGAUCGUGCUGUCAACCAGUCGAUGACCAUGCUGAAGCGUUAUCCCGAACUAUCGGCCAAGAUUGCCCAACUGAUGAACGAUUACAUUUUGGCAUUGCGCAGCAAGGAUGACAUUCCCGGCUCAUCUCUGGGCAUGAGCGAGGAGGCCGAGGCUGGCAUUUUGGACAAGUAUCGCAUCGAGAUCGAACGCAAGGUGGCCGAGAAGGAGCGUUUGCGUCUGGCCGAGAAGCAGCGUAAGGAGCAGCGUGCCGCCGAGCGUGAGAAGUUGCGUGAGGAGAAGUUGCGCAUGGAGGCCAAGAAGGUGGACGAUAUGCUCAAGUCGCAGGCGGCAGAGCAAUUGCAACAGCAGCAAACCCAGCAACAACAGUCCCAGUCACAGCAGCAACAACAACAACAACAGCAGCAGCAGCAACAACAACUGCAGGACAAGAGCAUCAAUAGCAAGGAGCUGAGCAUGGACGGAGUUGGCGGUCUGGUGACUGCAUCGAAUCUCAAUCUUGACACAACCAAGAGCGAGAAGGAGCUGGCUGAUGCUGAGUAUGCUGAGGCCACGGUCAGCACCAAAGUGCAGACCGUCUUGCCAACGGUGGAUGAUGAUGCUGUGCAGCGAGCUGUCGAGGAGGUGGCUGCCGCUGUGGCCCAUCAGGAGGCUGAGCCACAGGUGCAGCACUUCAUGACCCACGAUCUGGGCCACCGUGAAUCGAGCUUCUCGCUGCGACGCGAAUUCUCGCAUGCGCACGCGGCCAAGGAGGGGCGCAAUGUCUAUUUCACGCUCUCGUUUGCCGGCAUCGCCCUAAUGGCUGCCGUAUUUGUCGGCGUGGCCGUUGCCAAGUGGCGAACAUCGCGUUCGCCGCACGCGCAGGGCUUCAUUGAGGUGGAUCAGAAUGUUACCACACAUCAUCCCAUCGUGCAGGAGGAGAAAAUCGUGCCCAACAUGCAGAUCAAUGGGUACGAAAAUCCGACCUACAAAUAUUUCGAAGUGAAAGAGUAAACAACUAGAGAAAAGCGAGCAAAGCAAAAAAAAAUAAAAAAUAAAACAAACAAUUAAUAAUUAAAUGCAUGCACCUAAACAAAUGGCAAGAAGAAGAAGCAGAAGCAGAAUAAGAAGAAGCAGCAAAGCAAAGAGCAUGGCACAUCAAUAAAUGAAAAGAAACCAAAAAAAAA